GAGAGAGAGAGGGAGAGAGAGAGAGAGAGAGAGAGAGAAAUAGGAAAAAAAGAAAAAAGAGAAAUGCAGAGGAGCACUAGACUAGAUCACUAGAGAGGGUAGAGAGCUUCAACCCACCCACCCACCCCUCUUUCGUCUCCACCCGGAACUCACUUUCUCUCUCUAAAACUCCCAAAAACUAAACUGAUCAAACCAAAAUAUUUUUCAUAGCUCUCUACAAAAACACACACACACUCUCUCUCUCUGUCUCGCACGCACACUGUCUGUAGAUACGUAUACAAGAUAUAUAAUCCGUACAUAUAUACAUCUCUCCUUCGCUCUCUCUCUCUCUCUUUCUCUCUUUCGUUCUGUAUUGUGCAUAGGUGUUGGUAUAUAUAUAUAUAUUUAUAGAGAGAGAGAGAGAGAGAGAGAGAGGGAGGAGUGGUAGGAGAAUGGAGAGGUCUAGUGGGACCCAAGCAAUGGAGGGGACAUCGGUGGAUCCGGUGGCGGAGUGGAUGGCGCCGGGCGGCGAGACGGGGCUCGAAGAGCCUAUGUGGCAGUUGACACUCGGCGGUGGGUCCGAAUCCUACCCGGAACGGCCCAACGAGGCCGAUUGUAUUUAUUACUUGAGGACAGGUUUCUGUGGCUAUGGCGAUCGCUGUCGGUUCAACCAUCCCCGAGACCGUAGUUUGACUGUGGGAGCUAUAAGGUCUAGUGGGGGAGAGUACCCAGAAAGAGUGGGUCAACCAGUUUGCCAGUACUAUAUGAGGACGGGAAUGUGUAAAUUUGGUGCUUCUUGCAAGUAUCACCAUCCAAGACAGGGAGGUGGAUCUCCUGCUCCAGUAGCUCUGAAUAUUUAUGGAUGCCCAUUACGACCGGGUGAAAAGGAAUGUUCAUACUAUGUAAAAACAGGGCAGUGCAAAUUUGGGAUGACCUGUAAAUUCCAUCAUCCACAGCCAGCUGGCAUACAAGUUCCAGCACCAAGUCCUGGGCCUGGACCUGGACCUUUGCCUGCACCAACAGCUGUUCCUCCACCUGCUAUUUAUCCUAUUAUGCAGUCUCCUGUUCAAUCAUCUCAACAGUAUGGGAUAAUGCCUGGAAACUGGUCAGUCCCCAGGCCAGUUCUGUUUCCAGGUUCAUACAUCCCUGGAACUUAUAGUCCUAUGCUGCUUCCCCCUGGACUGGUUCCAGUUCCAGGGGGCUGGACUCCUUACCCGGCACCCCUUAGUCCAGUUGCCUCUCCUAAUACUCAAACCACUUCUGGGGCUGGAUCAGUUUACGGCUUUACACAAUUAUCUUCUUCAGCGCCAGCCUAUUCAGGAACAUAUGUAUCUGUUACAUCUUCUGUCGCUCCUUCAGCAGGUAGCCAGAAAGAGCAUGCAUUUCCCCAAAGACCUGGUGAACCUGAAUGCCAACAUUACAUGAAAACGGGGGAUUGUAAAUUUGGGUCUUCAUGCAGAUACCAUCAUCCUCCAGAUUGGAGUGGACCAAAAACAAAUUUUUUUCUUGGCCCAAUGGGUCUUCCACUACGCCCGGGUGCACCAAUUUGCUCUCACUAUUCAGUAAAUGGUGUCUGCAAUUUUGGACCUUCGUGCAAGUUUGACCAUCCAAUGGGAACACUCAGUUAUAGCCCAUCCGCAUCUUCACUUGCUGAUAUACCUACUGCUCCCUACCCUGUUGGAUCUGCCAUGGGUAAUUUGGCUCUGCCAUCCUCGGGUUUGAGGCCUGACCUUAUUUCUGGAUCCAACACCCGGACAUAUUCGAAGACUGGUCCCACCCAUUCUGGUACUCAGCAGCCUGGACAGAGUUUUUCAUCGAGUGGGGGCAGUAGUACGGGUCAUGGAGGUGAGGUUUCCACAUCAAGCUAAAAAGAUUCAGUGGUCAUGUUUUUUCAUCGCUCAACGACCAUGGAGUAGCAUUAUAUUUUUGGUGCUAGUCUACCUUUAGGAACCUUGUCUUGGUCUUCCACAGUUUUCAUCCCUCAGACGUAGCACACACCCCGUAGCUCUGUUCAUCUCUAUGUUCAUAGAACCUCAUUACAUGGCAACCCCGUUUUCCAUUUUGAAUAAGUAAAAUCCAUUCUUCAAGGAUCCCACAACCCUCAGUAUAGACCUCCUGUAGCUAGCUUCCGAAUAACAAGAAACAAACCCGCCUUCUGAACUAGGAGAAUUUGCACCCAUGCUCAAUUUUUGGAGCUUCUUGUUUAUUUAUGUUGUAGUCUUCUUUUUGGAACGAAAACCACGUCUCAAGUCUCAACUCAAGAUUCACGAUUCAUGCCUCCGUUUUAAUCCAUCUUGGCGGGGCUUCCAAUUUGACUGAGUGAGUUUCAAGUUCUCCUUGUUCUUCCACCUUUUUUGUCUGGGGCUUUGUUGUGCAAAAAAAAACAAAACAGAAUGAUUCUGAGAACUACAAGCAAGGCAAUGUAAUGCUGCCUUCUUUAUUGGACAAGAUCUAUACUUGUGUUGUGAUAUAUAAUUUGCUUUGACUUGAUAAAUUUUAUCACUAUAUACACACAUCUUAUGGGAAAACCUUAGUUUUGUAUGCAAAAUGCAUUUUGAUUUCA